AUGCAUAUAUGGUUAUAUUCUGUUAUAUGUGUUGUUCUGGGGUCAGGUGUUAUUCUUCGUGACUCUCAUGGAAUUGCUCAGGUGAAGAGUGUCACUGGAAGCAAGAUUUUUCGUAUAUUGAAAGCCCAUGGGCUUGCUCCUGAAAUUCCUGAGGAUUUGUAUCACCUGAUCAAAAAGGCUGUCUCCAUUAGGAAGCCCUUGGAGAGGAAUAGGAAGGACAAGGAUUCUAAAUUCAGUUUAAUUUUGGUUGAGAGUAGGAUUCACCACCUUUCCCGUUACUACAAGAAGACUAUGAAGCUUCCACCUGUGUGGAAAUAGUAAAUAUUCAAUUUGUAUACUCUGUAAAGGCGUAAGCUUUUGCGUUUGAUAAUGGUUGAUUUAUGAUCUAAUUUUUGUCCUUUUGUUAAAGGCCUAGUUUUGAUUAAUGGUUGUUUUCAGCUUUUCUUCAUUUUCAUUCUCAACUUGUUGACCAACCCUAUUUGCCAUGUUUUUCUAAAUAAGUUGAUCACAAUUGAUUUGUUUAAGUAUUUUAUCUUUAGAAUAUUUUGAAUGCAUGGUGAUUUCAAUUGCUAACAAGGAUUGCUGGCUCUGCAUUAUUGGUCAAAUUUUCCUGAUAGAUUCAACAAAUGUACCUCCCGAAACAUCAAUGCUUUGAUCAAGAGUUUUUCUGCAGUCAUAUAUACUUGUCACUGUAGAUCUGUCAUCAAUUACGGAUUGUGGUGUUCACCUUGAUUCUAUGUUCCUAUUACCAUAUUUUCUUGCUUUUAUCUGCUGCUAUAUUAAGUUUCUGUGCUUCUCUCUUAUUAUUCCUAAUAUUUGUUUGGUUUAUCUUAAUUGCAGUGAACCUACAACUGCCAGCACCCUUGUGGCUUAGAGUGAAAUGUUUUAAGAUAUGAUAGAAUUCUUCCAUCAAUGUACUUUUUGAUUAGCCAAUUUAUUUCUUUCAUGUGAUUUCGAGUUUUCUAUUCUUGUUAGAACACGUAUCCAACGGUAGUUUUGAUGAUGAAUUUUCUUUUGAAUAUUGAUUACCGGAAUGCCGUUUUGGUUUCUAUCUCGUAAUAAUUUAAUUUGAAUAUCGAAUUGAUGUUACUUGAUAUCGUUGGAGGAACAAUAUUCACUAAGAUAACAUAACCUUGUCCUUGCAAGAACAAUCUUUCGUUGUUGUAUCCAUGAAAGACACUUGGCCAAUGGAUUCAGUUUUAAAGUAUCAAUAUAUUUCUACCUUGAAUAUGUAGUGAUAAGAUGUUUGUAAGUUUCUCUCGCACCAUUUCAUAAAUCCUUGAUCCUGGUAAUGCUAAAUGAUAGAACUAGAUUGGUGGAAGCUACGAACAGUUUUUCCUAUAAAAUGAUGUAUAUAGUAGCCAAAAACUGAAAAAAUUAGUACAAAUGCAGUGAACGUGGAUCGAACACGUGACCUUCAGAUCUUCAGUCUGACGCUCUCCCAACUGAGCUAUCCCCGCAAUGGUACGUGCUUUUUUAUUGUCCAUGAUAUUUUUAGAUAACCAGUUCUCUGUACAAGACAGGACAC